AGUGGACGAGGGGAAAGCUGAGGGCUACUGUAACUCACUGCAUGAGAGGAGCGUCGCUGAAAUCGUCUGAAUACAAUACACAAGUAACCUGCGCUUUUCUAUCCGUAUAAAUCUUGGACCUUCUGUCUGAGUACUUCUGUUUGAGUUUUUUGUGCAUUUCUCUGUGAAAUAAGAGUAGGCUAUUUCGAGAGCUGCCUUACAAAUAAUUUCUCUUCCGUCUUUCUGGGACUUUGUAGUUAAUGUCUGAGGAUUCAACCCCAGAACGCAAUAAUGUAACUGAAUCAAAGACUUAUUUUUUUCCCGGGACAAAUAGGCCUAGCUACGCAGUGUUGAUUGAAGCAACCGAUUGAGACAGUCAUACGCUCGUGUUCCAAGUGAGGAUCAGCUCAAAGCAUAUCCAAAACGCAUUACUGUUCCAAUGGAUUCCUGAAAAGGGGCGUACCAUAUGCAAGGACCAGACAUUGCGGGCAGAUCAUUCUACUACAUUCUGUACUGUAAAGUUGACUGGCUGCUGGAACUAGAAAUGUAUGUUAGAAUAGCACCAUUUCUUUGACCUGAUUAAAUAUUUGAAUGUGCAUGUUUUUAAAAGAAAACAGUGUUUCCACAUGCUCUUAUUGGAAUAUUUGGAAAUACGAUUUGAUUACUUUGUAUUAUUUUCUACCACGGCUGGAACAAGCGUUGCUAUGCAGAUCAUGCACUGUUGGCCAAUGUUAGCGAUACAUUUGAUCGUCUGACACCAUAUCUCAUUUUAGGGGAUAUCUUUUAGGCUGUCUCAACCAACUAUUGGAAAUGUAUUUUGCGUAAACAGCUUUUUGGAUAUAACAAAACCAUGAUGGCAAACGAGAAUCCUUAUAACAGUCGCUUUAUUGUCGAAAAAUACAUCCAUCACAAACUGUUGAAAGUGGGAUUUGUAUGGAAAUUUCAAGGAGAAAACGAUUCUCCAAAUAAUGGCUUUGGGGACCCCUCUACACCCAACUCCCCCGAAGUUUUUGCACGGAGGUCCCAGCCCACUGCCGCGGGAGAGGACACCGACUCUCCUUACCAAAACAGCAGUCCGCAACCUGACCCACAUGCCAGGCUCCACAGGGUCCUGCGCGAGGCUGGUGGCGAGAUUGAAAGAAUGUAUCAGCGGGACUUUGCAGAGAUGUCGGGGCAGUUGCAUUUUACACCCAGCACGGCACAGAGAAGGUUUACCGCUGUAAUAGAUGAGCUCUUCAGCGACGGGGUAAACUGGGGUCGGAUUGUGGCUUUCUUUGAGUUUGGAGGGACAAUGUGCGUGGAGAGCGUCAACCGGGAGAUGACGUCCCAAGUAGACAACAUCGCUCGUUGGAUGACGGAGUACUUGAACGGACCCCUACAGAACUGGAUCCAGGAGAAUGGUGGCUGGGACGCCUUUGUGGAGAUCUAUGAGCAGCAGAGGAUCUCUCACUCCUGGUCGUACUUAAAGACAGUGUUCGGCCUGGCCGCCCUGGGAGCCGCCGGAGUCACCAUCGGAGCCUUGUUCACCCAGAAGUGAUCCAAAAGGCCCCAGAAGACCUCCCCCUUGUCAAUCGCCUGCUACCAGAUGAAGGGUCCUUACCCAGUAGCCCCCCCCAAAAGGCCCCAGUA